ACCAUAAUGGAAGUAUAUAAUUUAUGUUAACUAUCACCUAUUAACGUUAUACCGAUAUAAAGACACAGCACAAACCGAAUCAAUUUUUUGUUCAAAGUCCUUCUCUGUUUUUUGAACGACAAAACCAUAGGACCAUUGAUUAAUGUUACUUGGAAAACAUGAAGUUCUGCAAAAAAUACCAGGAAUACAUGCAAGCCCAGGAGAAAAAGAAGCUUCCUGAGGUUGGAUUUAAGAAGCUCAAGAAGAUCUUGAAGAAGUGCCGAAGAGAUUCUCAAUCCCAUAAACCAUCAUCCCAAACUUGCCCCAACCAUUGCUCAGUGUGUGAUGGGACCUUUUUCCCUUCACUUCUCAGUGAAAUGUCUGAGAUAGUUGGUUGCUUUAAUCAGCGAGCACAGAAAUUGCUGGAGUUACAUCUUGCUUCUGGUUUCAGAAAGUACCUUUUAUGGUUCCGAGGCAAAUUUCAUAAAAACCAUACUGCUCUUAUCGAAGAAGGCAAAGAUCUGGUUACUUAUGCACUCAUAAAUGCGACCGCAAUUCGAAAAAUACUAAAGAAAUAUGAUAAGAUUCAUUAUUCCAAGCAAGGGCAAAUGUUUAAGUCACAGGUCCAAAGUAUGCACAAGGAAAUUCUUCAAAGUCCAUGGCUUUGUGAGCUUAUGGCCUUCCACAUCAAUUUAAGGGAAACCAAGGUUAAUUCAAGGAAGGCACCUGCUUUUUUUGAUGAAUGUUCUCUCACAUUUAAGGACGGAAAACCAUCUCUUACUUGCGAACUCUUUGAUUCUGUCAAAGUUGAUAUUGAAUUGACUUGUUCUAUAUGCUUGGACACUGUGUUUGAUCCCGUUUCUUUAACUUGCGGCCAUAUAUUCUGUUACAUUUGUGCUUGCUCGGCUGCAUCAGUGUCUAUUGUCGAUGGACUUAAAGCAGCAAAUCCUAAAGAGAAAUGUCCUCUAUGCCGAGAGGGUGCAGUUUAUGAAGGGGCUGUACACUUGGAAGAACUAAACACUCUGUUAGGCCAAAGCUGUCAGGAAUACUGGGAACAAAGGCUCCAGUCAGAGAGAGUAGAGAGGAUUAAGCAAAUAAAGGAACAUUGGGAUUCACAAUGUAGAGCGUUCAUCGGCGUCUAAGAAGAGGAUCAUCACCUAAACCUUUAUUAGUUUCUUUGGUAGAGUUACUGGAGUACAGUACAGGAGUUGUUAUAGACAUUUGAUUGAUUCUCAUUUUGUAUGUGUUCUGUAUGUAAUAAUUAUUAAGCUUAGUGGAGCUGCUUGGAAACUAUCUACUACAUGGUUGUUAAUAAUAGUGUAUUUGUUCAAUAAGCGGUCUAGCUUCAGUAAUGACCAUUGGGGGUUGGAAUGUGCUAAACAAGACUUGAUAUAUCUAUAACCUAUUUUCAGUUCAUUUUGACUCAUUAUAUUUA